AUUGGGUCCCACAUUCCCAUUUGGCAAGGUGAGACGGUGUCAAAAUUGCACAGCCACGGCGGAUUGCCAGAUGGCCUAAUAAGCCGAGGAACCUCCAAUAAUACAGAUCCAACGGUCCAAUUACAGAACUAUAUAAACUAAAAUUCGAAGUAUAGCCGUUGUACACUUUUCGACCGUUUUCUGUCUUCUUCCCUCAUUUUCCCUUCACUCUCUGUACAGCGCUCGUUUCACAAUUCUCGGCGACAGAUCGCAUCACUUCUCUGCUCAUUUCAAUGGAGGCUAACGGCGAGUCCGGUGGUGUCGUUAACCAUGACGCCAGAGCUGAAAAUUUUGACCCCAAUGUUGCAAAUCCAGGUCUGAAGGUAUCAGGUUCGCCGUCGAUCAGGAAAUCGGCGAUCAAAACCAAAAGGAUGGCUUCGAAAAGCCCUAGAGUUAACCCCGCUCCGGUGGCUUCACCUUCUGCGCAGAAAUCGGGUUCGAAAUUCCACGCCCUGGUGGCUUCGCCUCCAGCACAAAAAUCGGCUUCGAAAAGCUUUAGCCUUAACCUAACUCCGACGGCUUCGCCCUCCCCGCAUAAGAUGAUCCGGCAGAGGAAGUUCGUGGUGGCGAAGCGGAGUUUGAAGAGAGAGAUAGCGGCAGUGCCGGUGGCUUGCUGCAAGUGUAACAAGGGUAGUGGUGAGGACAAGUGUUUCUGUGUUGCUUUCGAGAGUCUUAGGAGUUCUCAGGAUGAAUUUUUGAAGAAUCGUCAAGCAAUUGUUGAUGGAACUGAGAUUGAGAGUAAAGAAGAGGAAGAACAGAACAAAAAACUUGUGAUUCAAGAUGCAAAUAGUGAUUUGGGAAAGGUUGGAUCAGAUAAUUGUUUUCCGGAAAAACAAGGAUCAGAUGAAGGGGUGUUGAAAGAGGCAAGAGCGACGAAGGUGGCUGAACCUAAUUCUGGGCGAGUUCUACAUUUGGUUAAGGCUUUUGAGAAGCUUCUUUCACCUGCAAAAGAGGAAAAAGAUGAGAGGACAGUAGUAGUAGUAGGAGAUGGUGAGGAUGGAAUGAAAAGUGCAUCACCUGCAAAAGCUCCAUUCUCUCCACCAGAGUUUCUCCUCACCUGUGAGAGCUUAGGCUUGGAUUCGCGCUGUUCGUCUUCACCUAACAGCAGCCAAGGAAGUAUUCCAAGGAGGGCAUCUUCUGCCAGUGAUAGAAGGAGCAGACGAAAAAGUGUUGAAUCAGAUGGGGGGACUUUGGCUAGAAGGAAGAGAAGGCAACUGAGAACAACCUCCUCUCGUGAACCUUUCAAGCUCAGAACUGAGCAAAGGGGAAAGUGUAAGGAGGAAAAACUGUCCAUGAAAGUGAAGGAAAUGAUGGAGGAAGAGGAAAAGCGGCGGAUUCCAAUUGCACAAGGCCUUCCAUGGACGACAGAUGAGCCAGAGCGUUUGGUAAAACCUCCGGUGAGAGAGAGGACACGAGCAGUUGAUCUGGUGCUGCACAGUGAUGUAAGGGCUGUGGAGCGAGCCGAGUUUGACCAUCAGGUGGCAGAAAAAUUGAAUCUUAUUGAACAAUACAAGGCUGAAAGAGAGAGACAACAGAAGUUGGCAGAAGAAGAAGAAAUUAGGAGAUUGAGAAAGGAACUCGUUCCGAAAGCUCAACCCAUGCCCUACUUUGACAAGCCUUUCAUUCCUCAAAGGCCAGAGAAGAACAAGAGGGUCAAAUAGGCAUUUGAAGAGCCUCCUCCUCCUCCUCCAAGGUUUCAUUUUUUCAGUUUGUUUCUGAUAAUCAGUCAUAUUCUUUUAUGUAGUGUGUAAACAAUAAGCAUUGUUAUUAUAGUAACAAUCUUGGCAGCAAAAAUUGCAUUACUUAAAGCAAUGAUCAGUGCAACAAUUUGUGUGGUUCCAAAACUGCAAUUUAUUCAUUUCCCAAAA